UAGAUUGAGUUUGACGUCAAAGCAAGUAAACUAAACAUAUUUGUAAAAUAUUAAAUUGAAUUAUCAAAUUAUUGUUUUCCAUGAUAACAUGGAUAAUAUGACUUUAAAAGAAAUUCAAACCAAACUGUUACAAUGGGAAACAUCUGAAAAUCCUCUAGCGCCUUUAACUUCUAAUCAAAGGGAAGCAAUUCUUGACUUAGAAUCGAUGUUACUUGGUAUAAAAUCUGAAUCUGAACAACAGGAGAAAACAGAGGUUUGUAGUGAAAAUGUACCAGAAGAUACAAUGCCUGAGAUAGAUAAUACAUUUGAAUUCUUAAAUUGGUAUGAACAAUUAAAUGAGACGGGAGUUAAAGCAGACGAUGCUCCAUAUGAAGCAUAUUAUAAACAAUUGGAGGACAGGAGAAAUGAAUGUGUCUCUUUAACUAAUCAGAUAAAAGCUACAAUGACAGAUUUGAAUAAGAUGUCAGAGGAAUAUAAUUUGGUGUCAAACAAAACAAAUGCUCUUCACACCAUGAGUGAACAAUUGUUGGCCGAUCAAACUAAGCUUUCUAAUAUUGGAGAUGAUAUUAAACAGAAGUUACACUACUUUACGCAAGUGGAACAUUUGUCACAGAGACUGAACAGUCCGACAAUGUCAGUCAACAGCGAGACAUUCUUUAAUGUUUUAGCUAAGAUUGAUGAAUGCUUGGAUUAUAUGAGAACACAUAGCAACUUCAAAGAAGCGCAUACAUAUUUUGUGAAAUAUAGACAUCUUCAAAACCGCGGGAUCUCUCUCAUACGAUCAUACAUCAUACAAGUGCUGAAUCAGGCGACUGAGCAAGUUCUAACUACUGAUGAAGACUCAACUGAUCAGGAAACAAUGGAUACAGCUUAUGCGGUUUACUUUGGGAAAUUUCAAGCCGUCGCACCCAAGUUAAGGAUGGUCAUAAGUGAGAUAGAAAAAAGAGCUGAAAAUAAUGAAGAGUACGCGGCGUUGUUGUCAGACGCGCAGCGCGAGUACUUGUCGCGACGCAGCAGCGGGGCGGGGUUCGCGACGGGCGCGGCGCUGCGAGCGGCGGGGCGCGAGCACUGCGCCGCGCUGCGAGCCGCCUGCUCGCUGCUCGCGCUCGCCUGCCGCGACGAGUGGGCGCUCUACUCCAACCUGUUCGCUCAGCCAUCGCCAGCGUUGCACGAGUACCUGCAGUCGCUGUGCACGGGUCUGUACGAGCGGCUGCGGCCACAGAUCAUACACAUCAACCACCUGGAGACGCUCGCGGAGCUCUGCGUCAUCCUGCGCAUUGAGGUCAUCGAGGAGCAGGUCAACAACGACCCGGCGCUGCAGGCGCUGGGCGGUGCUGCGCGCGCGCUGCUGCAGGACGCGCAGGAGCGGCUCGUGUUCCGAGCGCACGUGCAUCUGCGCCGCGACGUGCUGCUCUACCGCCCCGCGCCCGGCGACCUCGCCUACCCUGACAAGCUCGAGAUGAUGGAGCAAAUUGCGCUUUCUAUACAAGAGCAAAGCUUAAAGCGUAGCGACUCUCGUAAUUCGAUGGUAUCAGACGUGUCGGCCACGUCACAGGAGGUUGCUAAUAUUAACAUCGAGGCUCAGAGGAGACCUCAAGCAUCUCCUGCAGACCUUCACGGCAUGUGGUACCCGGGCGUCAGGCGGACCCUAGCGGCACUCUCCAGACUCUACAGAUGUCUAGAGAAGAGAGUAUUCCAGGGCUUAGCUCAGGAAGCCAUCUCCUUGUGCGUUCAAAGCGUUGACAACGCUGCAAAACAAAUAUCAGCCACAAAGACAAACAUCGACGGAGAAUUAUUCCAAAUAAAGCAUUUGCUCAUCCUGAGAGAGCAAAUUGCACCCUUCCAAGUAGACUUUGUGAUUAAAGAAACAACGUUGGACUUUAGCAAUAUGAAGAACGCGGCGUACGGCCUCAUGCAGAAACCGAGACAGAUAUUUUCAUUGAACAGCAACAAUGCUCUGCUAGAGUUUUUGCUAGAAGGGACGCCUAUGGUCAAGGAACAUCUUCUAGACUCAAGAAAGGAAGUGGACAGACAACUGAAGAAUUGUUGCGAAAUGUUUAUAAAGCAUGCUACUGAAAUAUUAGCAGGACCAAUUGUGGAUUUUAUUGAGAAGAUACAAACUCCUACUUCAGAGGAAACGAAAGAAAAAAUGUUACCUGAAGAAAUUGCAGUUGCGGUGAAAGAGGCGCAGAGACGAAUAAAAGCUCAUCUCGCACCUUUACAACGCUCAAUGCAAUUAUAUUUGGCUAAUAAAGAAACAGAGUUCAUAUUGUUUCGACCUAUUCGGAAUAAUGUUGUUGGUUACUUCAUCCAAGUUGAACAGUUCCUCACUAACUCUGGAUACACAUAUGAAGAUACCCUAAUUGUUGCUUGUCCCACUCCGGAGCAAGUGUCCGUGUUCAUAUCUUCUGCCAGUCUUAUAAGCCACAAUGAACCAGUGCUGCCAUACGGCAAGAAGCGAAAAACAAGUACAGCUCGCAAGCCCAAUGUUGCCAAUAUUGAAGAAAGCAAUGUAGAAAGUACUAACCCAGUUUAAUAAUUGUAUUGUUUAUUGUAAUGUUAAGAGUUUUCAUGUAACUAAUUAUUAUU